AUGAUAAUAUUAAUAUUUUAUAACAUGGAACAAAAAAUAAUAUUACUUUUUAUUAUUAAAAUUAUUACUUUUCUCCUUUUAAUUUGGAUAAGCCUUGUCAGCAAUGAUCUGAGUAUAUUUAGUAAAUCUAUGAAUGAGAAUUUCCAUCGUGGUAGACAGUUAGAUACAAAAAAUUAUGGAUCAUUAGCAAAACAUAAACAAAAUAAAGAUACAAAUAAUAUAUAUUUAAAAGAAGUAUUAAUGAAUAAUAGAGUAAAUAAAAAAAACGAUAUGUAUUGUAACGAAAAAAGGACCACAUUUAAAAGGAAACAGUCAAAUGAACGUUCAUUAAAUAGGGAACAAUACUACACAGAAAUAAUAGAUUAUAAUAAUGCAAUGUUUGAUGGAAAACAUUUCCACUUUAAAAAAAAAUGGAUCAAAAAAAAAGAUUAUGAUGAUUUUUUCGAAAAAAACAGGAGAAUUUGUGAUAUAUCUUUAAAAAAAUUACAAUUUAGAAAUUAUAGAUUUGGAUUUUCUCUAUUUUUUCUUUUUUUAUUGUUGGGAAUAGUAAUUCCCGUUUUACCAGUAUUUAAGCCUUUGAUAGAUGCAUGGAAAAUUAUUGAUAAUGGAGAACAUCCAUUGAAAUUUUUGAAAAACUUUACUGAUUGGAUAGGCGUGGAGAACAAACCAUACAUUUAUAUAAUACUUUUUAUCGUACUUAUGGUUAUUUUAUCGGUUAUGAUUAUAAUAGCGUUUUAUAAGAUCUUAAGUAAUAAUGAAAAAUAUAAAAAAAUUAAGUUAAUAAUGGAGAAAAAUGAAUAA